AGGGUGUGUGUGUGUGUGUGUGUGUGAGGGGGAGUGCGAGCCCACGCUUCAGAGGCAGUGUGAUGGUGCGUGUGUGAGGGAGUGUGUGUUCUCUCCUACCGGUGGAUAGAAUCAGUCUCUCUCAGAGUCGUGUUUCUCGCCUACCUAUUAUUUUCUGACUUGCUCUCUUUCUCACAUUUUCUCUUUCCUUCUCUCCCUCUUUCUUUCUCUCUCUCUGCAGGACUCCAAGCAUCCUCCCUUACCCAGAUCAUUGCAGACAAAAUCGCAGAAAGAUAGCUGCCCCACCUCGCCAGGUGUAACCAGGAGGUUUUCCUCAUCAGUCCUCUGAUUCCUACCAUUGUGUUCAGAAGUGGUUAAGUCGAUUAGCAACUCAUCAGUGUCUAGUUGUCAUGGCAGACAGUCGGCAGCCCGAGGACAACAGCUCCUCUCACUGGGCCCCUCCCACUAACGGAGCCCAGGACCAAUCAGCUGCCCUCGCUGGCCACGGAGAGAACGGCUACUCCUCCUACAGAGAGAACGGCUAUCACGGAGGACACACGGCGACAGCAGAGCAAGUGUCAGCCCAUAUAGUUGAGGAGGUGACAGCAGAGGCGGUGGCAGUGCUCAAGCAGGAGCAGGAGCAGCAGGACUCUACUAGGAGACUGCCCUCAGUGGAGGACUCUGUCAACCUGCCUCCCUCCCCUCCCCCUUCUCCAUCGGCAGAGCAGAUCGGACCCAUGGAGCAAGAGGAGAGGCUAGAGGUUGUCCCUACUUCCCCUGAGGAGGAGGAGGAGGAGGUUACCCAAGUCCAAGCAGCUCCUGAGGAGGAGCAUCCAGGUCAACAGGGGGAGGAUUCUGAUCAGCAGCCCACAGACAUGCUCUUAGAGCAGGUUAAUAUUGUAAGCGAGCCCCAGGCUUUGCCCUGUCCGCAGGCCGAGACUCAUAAAGUCCUCAACGGGGGAAGAAGCCAUCAGGCUGAGUUGGAUAAACCAUCAGAGGAAGACCUGCCGGUGAACCCAGAGAAGCCUCGUUCCGACAAUCCUGCCAUGGCAGAGGAGCACCCACAGGGGGCACUGCCACCGCAGAGCCCGGUGGCCGCCACCGCAGAGACAGAAACACCCGAGGGAGCAGAGAGCACCGUGUCCAUCACUGAGUCCUCCUCUGGUUCCCCCCAAAACAAAUCUUUAACAGAUCCUACCCCCACAGAACCCGAGAAGACAGUUCAGCCUUUAGUGGAACCAGAAAAGGGGCAAGGGACUGGAAGUACCACUAGUGUGGUUCCUGAGAUAGAAUACAUCCCGGAGCCCAAGACCACAGCUGAGAAACAGCCCUCGGUUGAAGAGCUCGACUCAGUUCCUCUUUCAGUUGUAUAUGAGCCCCUGAAAGAUUACAUUGAGGAAGAGGAGGAAAAUGAUGAUUAUGUUACACCCAGUAAGUCAGCAAACUUUGAAAGCGUCCGUGAGGAGAAAGAGAUCAAAUCGGAGAAAACUGAGAAAAGAAUGCUGAGUCUAGGACAAUCGACCGCCAGGCCAUUGUCAUUUGAGACUGAGAAGAUUGAAGAUACUCCUCAAAGUAAUAUCAGUGAGGGAGAAAACCCAAAGGCACACAUAUCCGCUCCAGACGGUCUAAAAGACAAGCAGAGUUCGGAAGAUAAGUCGGGAGUUGCUUCAAAAGAUGAGUCAGGUAUGACGGCCUACUUUGAGACCUCUACACAAAGGGAUACUGAAGAACCAGGAGAACAUGCUGAGGGUUACUAUGAGCUCAGUGCUGUCAGCCAGAAGAAGCCCUCAGAGAAGGUUCUGGAGGCCGAUUCAAAAAUUAAAAUAAGCCAUUCAGCACCAGAACAGACAGAAUCCAGCACAACGUUGACGAGUGACAGUGCCAUGGACAAACUAGAGGAUCUCCCUAAGAGGAAGGAUGCGUGUACUAGGCUGUCACCAGGCAAAUUGUCAUUGGAACAGAGAAGUCUCUCCCUGAAUUUUACUAUUGGCUCAAUGGGUCAAGCAGGAGAGCAAAACCAGUCAAAGCUCUCAUCUCUUACAGAGAUCUCUUCCGGAAGCCUUGACGAAACCACAGGCUACCUUCCUGUAACCACCCCAUUAGUAACAUUAGAGAGACAGUUCCUUCCUGUGACUCCAGAGAUAGCUAUCCCAGUCCCUACCACUGAAGCCGCCACUGAUCCACCUGAAGACACCACCUCCACCACCUCCAAGACAACGAGCUCUCCAAAGUUGUCACUCUCACCCAUGAAGCAACACUACACUAAUUUGAACGACCCAUUCAAUGACCUUCCUGAGAUGCUGGACCUAGCCGGUGUUAAUCCCAAACCCACCCUGGAGAAGAGGGAGCUGGACCAGCAUAACAGAAGGAGGUCGGUCCCUGCCUGUCCGUCUGCUGCUCUGGUGGGCAGUUCUCUGGCCAAGCUGGUACUGGGGAACCAGCAGACGCCCAAGGUGGUGGAUGGAGGAGAGAGCCAGCAGGAGGAGCGUGGUUACUGUGUGUUUAGUGAGUACUCUGGUCCCAUGCCCUCGCCUGCCGACCUGCACAGCCCAGUGGGCUCCCCACACCAACGGUUUCCCACAGUGACCGAAGGGGACAGUGACGAGGAACUGGGAGCCAUUGCGGAAGAGGGCGAGCAAAAGGUGGCACCGCAAAAACCAAACCAGGCAGAGGAUUCGGUUGGAGGAACGGUUAAGCCAACUUUGGUGCUUGAAAGAGCUGUCACGGCAGGUGUCAAACCGGAUCGUCUGAGGAUCCCUGUGGCUCCAUCCAAAGACAAACUGACAGAGUUCCGACUUGAGAGCGGUCUUCCUGGGGACAUCAAAACCCAAGCCAUUCCUGAGGUGGAGUUGGAGCAGGACCUCUCCAGAGAAGCGUCCCCCAUCCCACCAGACUUCGCAUUUACUUUCGGCACUGAGGCGAAGGACGCCAAGCUUCGUGCGACCCCUGAGUCUCCAGCAAAAAAGGCUGCCACUGUGGAGGGAACCAAAGCUGAGGAAACCACAGCGGAAGUCAAAGCAGAGGUGGCGUCAGCAAGGAUUGGGAAGAGUCAGAAGACUGGUCAUGAAAAGCCAGAGAUGGAGGAAGUGGAGGAGAACUCAGACCCAGACCAUCAGGACGCUGUUGAAGACGUACAGCCAAAGGAUGUUCAAGGACCAGAGAGAGAAAAGAAAGAAAGACCCGUGACAUCAUCACCAGAAUCAUUAGUGGAGAUCAUCAAUGCGCAGGAGAAGAAGCGUGAAAGCGAACCAGAGGCGUCAACAGUACCAGCGGAGGCUGCCGUUCCAAAAGAAGAGGGCAAGACCAAAGCCGAAGAAACAUCACCAACACCCUCUAACGUGAGCACUGCGGAAGUGGAGGAAGCCACAGAGCAACAACAAGAGAAAAGUCCAGAGAAAAGGGUUUCUGUAAGUUCUCCAGUUAUAGUCAUACCUCAGGCACAGGUUGAGGAAGAGGAGGAAGACGAUAUAGAAGUAGCUGAGGAAGUCUUGGAGGAGGUUGAAGGCCCUCCUGUACUGCUCAAGGAGAAAGAGCAGGAGAGUCACCCUGUGGAGAAGCAGGAGGAGAUGGCAGAAGAGGUGAGGGUGGUGGAUGGGGCAGAGGAGGUGAUUGUUGAAAAUCCUAAAGACUUGGAGAUUACUGUUUCUGCGGAUGACGAAUCAUGUGAUGCUACUGCCCCAACCAUUGAUGAAGGGGAUUAUGCCGAUCACAUCUCUCAUCUAUCUGCCUGCUCUGACAAAGACCAGCCACAAACCCUCGACGGACAGGAGGAAGAGAAGAAUGAAGUGGAGGAUAAAGAAGGGGUGGUGCUGCAGGAGGAGGAGGAGUCCGGUGAGGUGGGGCAGGAGACGGAGACCUCAGACGUACUGCAGAGCCAGACCGACGAGACCACCACUCACGACGAGACCACCAUGGAUGUCUCCAUGUUAGACACCGACAGUGGCUGGGUGGACUCUCAAGGUAAUGAUGACAGAAGCCUAAUGACAGAGCAGAUUGAAGCUCUGCCCAAAACACAGAGUCCUGUCAAGACUCCCCUGGUAGAGAGACCCUCUAAUAAACGACCCCCCGGCAGAGGACAGGGGCGCGUCUCCACCCCCGAGCGCAAACCCACCCGCAGAGAGCCCAUCAGUCGUCGUCCGAAGGAGGAGGAGAAGAAGAAGAAAGCGGGGACGAAGAGAACUGAACAGUGUAAGGUAUCAGUCCUCCAGAGUCGCUCUCCCACUCGGAGGAGUGUAGUCAAAGCUGCUACAUUCAGACAAUCUAGACCUGCUUCGCACCACGGCUCUGCUAGAUGCAAGCCACCAGCCAUGGAGGACCGGCAGCCUCUUAAUGUGGCCCACCAAUCCCGGGAAAGGACCUCUAGCCUCACACGCACUGCCUUAAAAAACCAUCGACUAACCAGGGGGCUAGAGGACCUGUCUCCCAGGCCCAACUCUGCAUGCUCCCACACUAAAAGCAAACCCUUAGUGGAGGCGGAUUUAUGCGGGCCACGCCCCUCCUCCGCAUGCUCGGGAAGAAACUCCCCCUCCCCCUCACUGCAGAGGCGGGGGCGGAGGGAAGAGAAGGAGGGUACCUACCGGAGCCCAGAAAAGAGGUCCUCUCUGCCCAGGCCUGCCUCCUCCCUGCCCCGCCGUGCCCCCCCAGCAGAGCAGGACAACACCAGCCCUGCACCCCGCAGGCCCACCUCGAUUCAAACUGAGCCCAGAGGGGAGCACAGGUCUGGGAGGUCCCCUAGUAUCGCAGCCGGCACAAACUCGUCGGCUCGUUCCCGUUCGGCCCGGAGCGGAGCCUCCACCCCCCACACCCCCGGCUCCACAGCGGUCACCCCAGGCACCCCACCCAGCUACUCCUGCCGCACCCCUGGGAGUCGCACCCCCGGCAGCCACACACCCAAGUCUCUCAGCCUCCUCACUCAGGAGAAGAAGUUUGCUGUGAUCCGCACGCCGCCCAAGUCACCCUCCACCACUCCCAAGCAGCUGCGCGUCCUCAACCAGCCCCUGCCCGACCUGAAGAACAUCAAGUCCAAGAUCGGCUCCACAGACAACAUGAAGUACCAGCCCAAAGGUGGACAGGUCUUCAUUCCAAGUGUUAAACUGGACUUUAGCCAUGUCCAGUCUAAGUGUGGCUCCCUGGACAAAAUCCAGUACGCACCCACCGGGGGAAACGUCCACAUCACCACCAAGAAGAUAGACCUGAGCCACAUCACCUCCAAAUGUGGAUCAAUGUCCAACAUCCGUCACCGGCCAGGGGGUGGUAACGUGCGUAUUGAGAGUGUGAAGCUGGACUUCAAGGACAAGGCCGAGGCCAAAGUGGGCUCACUGGCCAACGCCAGUCACACCCCCGGGGGAGGACAAAUCAUGAUCGAGAGCCACAAGCUGACGUUCCGUGACACAGCCAAGGCGCGCGUGGACCACGGGGCAGACGUGAUCACCCUGUCCCCAGGCGGCACGGGGGGCACAUCCCCCCACCGUCUCAGCAACGUGUCGUCCACUGGCAGCCUCAACCUCCUGGACUCCCCCCAGCUGUCCACACUGGCCCAGGACGUCACCAUGGCCCUGGCCAAGCAAGGCUUAUGAGCCCCCUGUCUCCUCCAUCACGCCCUGGUUCCUGGUCCUUCAUAACCCCUGGACCUCCUGGAUUCCUUAGACCCCCUGGUCUUAACAACCCCCUUCAACAUUACUCCGUCGGCCCUCCACUGCAACAACCCUUCACCAUCGUCACCCAAGAUUA